UGAUCAAAGCCGAAACAGAAGCUCCACCUUUUGACCUAGGGUUUACAAUUCGAUCUCUCAAAUUCAAUUCUCAAUCGAAUCGAAUUAUAUCACCAAAUUGCUCGUCUUUUGCUGUCAUUCAACAAUGGCGAUGCGUCAAUUCUUCAACGAGAUUCGAGGCAUAAAGGUGAAGGAAGUUCCAGAAAAGGUUAAGCCUAUGCUAUCAAUCUCCUACUUUAAGAACUCAUUUGGGAAGUUUAUAGACAAUUACCAUGCCAAGUACAUUGAAACUGACUCAAUCAUGCCUUUAUACCAUGUCUGCUUUGGUGGUAUGGCCUUCUCAUACCUUGUUGCUCUACCUGAGGAACGCCGCCAUCUUGAACAUGCUCAACAGCACGGUCACUGAUCUCUAUCGAUCUUUCCCGCUCUCAUUUUCAGGUUGAAAUUUGCUUCGCUGGGAGGUUGUAGGAGAAGGCCAAGUUGUGUUUUGUUGUUUAUGCCAUUUCCGUUUAUAAAAUGUAUUAUUUUUCAUCAUGAACUUCAAUAAGUUUUUUGAGAAUUGGUGUGGGUGAUAUUUAACCUCUUGAAAGCACUUGGAUCAGUGUUCUACAUGUUCCUAAUUUGUGUUCAUUUUUAAGGA